UCUCUCUCUGUACAAUGGCUUCUGAUUUCAUUUUUACUUUUAUCCGUUUUACCAACACUGUUCGUACAGCUUUCGUUAUUCCAUCUGCUGGUUUUCUUACUCUCUUCAUUAAUUGAUUACUUAUCGGACAUAAUUUAUGCUUAAGUUAUUGAUAGAUUGUAUCGCAAUUUUUUAAAGCAGAAUUUUAAUUUAGGCCGCUACUACAUUGGUCGCAUUCUAUUAGUCACUUACAUUCUGUAUCUCGUCUGCGGUAAAGACGCGGUAAAAGUAAAGGUUAAUAACAUGAAGCAACAAGAACUGAUACUCGGUUUGUCCUUCAUUAUACAAAAGUAGCAACGAAAUAAAAGAUGACUAAUUAAUAUUUGUGAAUUGAUCGUGAAUUUUAAUAACAUAUCAAAUAAAUCUUUUAAACAGCCUAUCAGUGAAAGGACUGAUACUAGAAAUGCCAGAUAUCAAAGUAACCCCUUUGGGAGCUGGUCAAGAUGUUGGAAGGAGUUGUAUUCUUGUAUCAAUGGGUGGAAAGAACAUUAUGUUGGAUUGUGGCAUGCACAUGGGAUUCAAUGAUGAAAGACGAUUCCCAGAUUUUUCAUACAUAAUCCCAGAAGGACCAACGACUAAUUACAUAGACUGUGUGAUUAUAUCACACUUUCAUUUAGAUCAUUGUGGUGCCCUCCCAUACUUUACAGAAAUGGUAGGGUAUACUGGACCAAUUUAUAUGACACAUCCAACAAAAGCCAUUGCACCGAUCUUACUCGAAGAUAUGAGAAAAGUUGCAGUAGAACGUAAAGGAGAAAGCAACUUCUUUACAUCACAAAUGAUAAAAGAUUGUAUGAAAAAGGUCAUUGCUGUUACAUUGCAUCAAUCUGUGAUGGUUGAUUCGGAACUGGAAAUAAAAGCAUAUUAUGCAGGACAUGUACUUGGUGCUGCAAUGUUUUGGAUUCGAGUUGGUUCACAAUCAAUCGUUUAUACUGGGGAUUACAAUAUGACUCCUGAUAGGCAUUUAGGUGCUGCUUGGAUAGAUAAAUGUAGACCAGACUUAUUAAUAUCAGAGUCAACAUAUGCAACAACUAUCAGAGAUUCUAAAAGAUGUAGAGAAAGAGACUUCUUAAAGAAAGUUCAUGAAUGCAUAGAUAGAGGUGGCAAAGUAUUAAUUCCUGUAUUUGCUCUUGGACGUGCACAAGAAUUAUGUAUAUUAUUAGAAACAUAUUGGGAGCGAAUGAAUUUAAAAGUUCCUGUAUAUUUUGCUUUAGGAUUAACUGAAAAAGCGAAUAAUUAUUAUAAAAUGUUUAUUACUUGGACUAAUCAAAAAAUUAAGAAAACUUUUGUGCAAAGAAAUAUGUUUGAUUUUAAACAUAUAAAACCAUUUGAUAAAGCAUAUAUUGAUAAUCCUGGAGCUAUGGUAGUAUUUGCUACACCAGGCAUGUUGCAUGCAGGAUUAUCUUUACAAAUUUUUAAGAAAUGGGCUCCAAACGAAGCAAAUAUGGUUAUUAUGCCUGGAUUUUGCGUUCAAGGCACUGUUGGACAUAAAGUUUUAAAUGGUUCUAGAAGAAUUGAAUUUGAAAACAGACAGAUUGUCGAAGUCAAAAUGGCAGUAGAGUAUAUGUCUUUCUCUGCACAUGCAGAUGCAAAAGGUAUUAUGCAAUUAAUACAAUAUUGUGAGCCAAAAAAUGUUAUGCUUGUACAUGGAGAAUUUGCUAAAAUGGAGUUUUUAAAAGAAAAAAUAAAACAAGAAUUUGGAACAAAUUGUUAUAAUCCUGCAAAUGGAGAAACUUGUGUUAUUACAACCAUUGCCAAAGUGCCAGUAGACGCUUCUUUAGCAUUAUUAAAGUCUGAAGCCAAAAGAUAUUCGGCUUUGCCACCAGAUCCUAAGCGACGAAGAUUACUUCACAGUGUUUUAAUGUUACGAGAAGAUGGAGUAUGUCUCGUGGACGCAGAUGAAGUGACAAAAGCAGCAGGUAUAACUAAACAUAUAGUACGAUUUACAUCCACUGUACAAGUAAGGGACCCUGGUCCAGCACAUUCAACGACUUUAAAAUUAUUACAACCACUGAAAGAGAGAUUACCAGGCUGGACAGUUCAAUUAACAGAUGGAUCAAUAUCUGUCGAAUCUGUUUUAGUAAAGGUAGAAGGUGAUGAAGAUGAUCAAAAAAGCGUGUAUGUUUCAUGGACAAAUCAAGAUGAAGAUUUGGGUAGUUACAUUCUAGGAUUUUUACAAACUAUGCUAAACUAAGCAAUGAUCUGAUGAUUAAAUGUGUUAAAAACAAAAAUAAUCAAUUACUUAAUUGGUACAUAAUGGAUCUUAAGACUUCUUGUAACCUGUGAUAUUGCUAUGUUGAAUAAAGUGUAUAUAGGUAUAAAUUAUAAA